GGUCACCGGAGCAGAGCAGGGCUGGUUUAAAAAUGGCCGACUUCCUGACGAUUUCCCUUCAGAAAAGUGGAAUAUACUUCCCUCAACCAGGAUCAAAGCUAUUUUCAGUGAGUAAACAGAUGAUCAGGCCUGUUCCAAAGUUCGAAGAUGUUUCUGAACAAUUGAACUUGCCGCAGAAGCAAAGAACUUCAGUCAUUGUCUGGUCACCUCCAACAACACCGACGAACGAAGUCACGCCGCCUUCUCCUCCACAAACUCCAACAACUCCAACUGGAACCAUUCUAAGCUACUCUCCGACUUCACCGAAUGUUAUUCCACCAAGAGGCAGACCCAGAGCGGAUGUAGUAAACAUUCUGAUGAAGGAAGGCCAGAAUUCGUAUUCUUCGAUCCGAUGCGAUGUGUGCCAUCGAGUUUUCCCGCGCGAAAAGUCUCUGCAAGCUCACAGGAGAACACACAGCGGCGAAAGGCCUUACGUUUGUGAUUUCCCGAACUGUGGGAAAGCUUUUGUCCAAAGUGGCCAAUUGAAGACUCAUCAAAGGCUACAUACAGGCGAAAAACCGUUCGCUUGUUCCGCUCAAGGUUGUACCACUCGAUUUACACAUGCUAACCGCCAUUGCAGCAUUCACCCGUAUGCAAGCCUGAAGCGUAUCUUUACCGACAUUCCGCUGAAAGAAAUCUUGAAAAACGAGAAUUCCGAGCCUAACGAAUACAAAGCGGCUGUUUUACAAUGGCUGGCUAACUACGAGCUUGAUAAAGAGGAGCGAAAUCCUGCAAAGGUUCAAGAGAAAGUCAUGAAGCGGAAGGUAGAAAAGGAAAUCGCUAGGCAGCAAGUUGUUGAAAGAAAGAAAUCAAGAAUUGAAGCAAGAAAGCGAAUGGCUGAGGCAAAAGAAAGAUGGUAUGGAGCUAUGGCUCUCGUAGAACUUGCUGAUACUCAAUUUAACUUUAAUUAACCAGAAACAAAUCCAAUUUUCGAACUUUGGUGUCAUUUCACUUGGUGAAAUAAACAACAUUUUGGCGCGCAAAGUUUAAAUGGCUUUUAUGUUAUUGUACAGUGUUGCAAUGUAUCUGAUCUGAUCAAUUUUUCUUUACUUUGUGAGUGAAACGUGUUCUAGUUAACUUAAAACGGAUAGGUUUUACUUCAGAAGCAUUGUAGCUAUUUUUACAACUGACAACUCGUGGAAAAGUACUUUCAGUAUGUAAAUGAGUGGUAGUUAUUCAAUGGUAGUAACUGAAAGUUCAUCAUGAUUUCAAGUGUUUACCGCGUGACUUGCGAAAAGAAUUAGCUGUACAUAAGAAAAAGCAUCGCACUUUUAGAUGAGAUUUACGUAAAUAUAUUCGCUCUACAUAGUUUGUAAAAAUUUCCUAAAAUUAUCCACAUCAUUCACGUUAGUCAUUCAUAGACACAAAAUUUGAAAAAUGAAAAACUGAGUUCCUUCAUGCAUUGAUAAAUAAUUUCGGUUUUUUCAGUUAAAUAUGUUUUCUGUAACUUUACAAGGAUACAGUUUUAUAAAAACAGUGGAAUAAGUCUAAAGUUAACAAUCUGGGUCUUUUUUA